AAACAGCGGUGGGGAUAAGACGGCAAAGCUCCCGCAAAGUACACAAAAUGCAAAAAUGGCGCGGCGACGAGUGACAAGAUGACAGGGAGGGGGGCACGUCACAGUCAGUCUUACGCCGUCCGUCGAGCGGAACGCACGCAUUUCGUGUUCCUGAGCGCUCGUAAUUGUGUCUUGUGAAUGGAUGACGUGCUGACAGCAGCUGGGUUUUGUGUUGUGAUUAGUUCAGUGUGUGGAUAAAUAUUUCUAAGCUGGAAAAGGAUCACGGAUUGUGGAGCAAUAUGCUCACGUCAAGCAAUCAGUAUUUACGGCCGGACUACCUGUCGCCGCUCCCGACCACGCUCGACGCGAAAAAGAGCCCGUUGGCGCUUCUGGCGCAAACCUGCAGCGCUAUCGGUGCGGAUUCACCCAACCCGAAACUCAUAUCCGCUGCGGAAAAGGCCAGCAAGAAGUACGAUGACAAACCCGUGCACAAUGACAACAAACCCAGCUUCAAGCCUUAUGAAUCGUGCCUAACAGCGAGAGAAAAGACUAGAACGCCAGAAGAUCGAGCUUCAGUUGGAAAUUCACACUCGAAAACGCCUCUGUCUUCGAAAGGAAGCGCAUCGACGACCCCAGUACAAGCGCGAUGCAGUAGUAAUCAGAGCUCAUCAUCACAAAGAACACCUCCUCCGGCGCACAGUAGAAAAACUCCAUCAGAAAAGUCGGAAGAAAGAUCAAGCCCUCUCCACGGCUCUCCAGUUCCGACCAAAUCUAAUUCAGAUUCUAUUAGUAGCUCUUCAGCUUCAAAGUUACCGUUCACACCCACCUCUUUAUCAUCAAGUGCAGACACCAAAGAACCUUCAAGUUUUAAACCAAGUGUACCAGUGACUUCAUCGGCUUUCCUUGGUGGAUUGCCGCCUACCGGGUUUCCACUCGGAAUGGAUUUAAUGACAAGUAGUUUAAUGGCAGCCCAACACCACGCUUUAAAAAAUGGACUGAAUCCAUACUUGGCAUACGCCAGAAUGAAAGCACCUGGAAGUGACCUGGCCAUCUGCAGAGACCCUUACUGCACAGGAUGUUCUCUAAGUUCACAUUUGCUCAAAUCUGCGGUGUGUCCUGCAGGUUGCACUCAGUGUGACCAUGCUAAAACACCAUUCCCAUUACCGUCUGGUCAUCCUGCAGCUGCCGCGUAUGCCCAUGCUCAGUUAGCGGCUUUAGCUGCAGCUUCUCAGUUGCCUUUCGUCUGUAGUUGGAUGGCAGGGGAGUCUGCUUAUUGUGGCAAGCGAUUUGGAACCUCAGAAGAGUUAUUGCAGCACCUGAGAUCCCACACUGCCAGUGGAGAGUCUAGUCCGAGCCUGUCUAUGUUAAGUGCAACCCACCCAUUACUACAAAGGACUUAUCCCACUCCACCGCUGUCUCCAUUGACCCCACGUUUUCAUCCAUACAGUAAGCCGUCUCAUCUAGUAUCUUCGCCUCCUCUGCCAUUCCCGUUGCCUCCUCAUCCAUCUCUAGCAGCGUAUUUCCCCUCGUAUCCUCUAUUCGGUCCUCGUCCUCUCCACCCUUGAGGACCAUCGGCGCUCCACACGAACAAAAAGGGGGGCGCCGAUCAUUAACGCCCAUGCCAAAAGGACAUUCGGAACCGGAGUGUAUACAUAUAGGUUAGUGACCCCGCGUUUCUAGUCGGCUCAUAUCAAUAUCAUCGAUGGACGAAGUGCCGUAGUGGCCGCGACAGCUGUGAUCUCUAUAAUAAUCAUAAUAAUGUUUAGUGCACUGAAAACUCGUAGCUUUCGGCGUGAGUGGAUCAUAUUUUCUAGUUAGACUAACGAAAUUUUUAUGUACCAAAUCUAUAGAUUGUAAUUUAAAUUUGUAAUUUAAGUUGUUGCAAUUAGAGGAUUGUUGUUUUGAUUGUGUUUGUAUUUUUAAAUGACGAGGUAACUUGCUCCAUUGCAUAUCUUUGUAAAAACUUCGCAUUAUUGACUGAAACUUUCAAUGGACACCAUGUUUCAAAGAGUUUUUCCACAACAUAAUCACUUGUUGUUUAUCUGUUAUACGUAUCGCAAUGUUCUAUUACUUAACUGAUAAGAUCGUAGAUGAAUCUCACAUUUUGAAAUUUACAUAAUGCUUGCAAAAUAUUUAUUUUUGUGAACGGAUGUAUAAUUAUAAUAACUAUCAAAUUUCUGAUGAAAUAACAUGAUUAAGUGUUAAACAAGCUUAACUGUCUGUUAUGGAUUAUAUUAAAUACUGGAUAUCCACAAGUAUCUGUUGAAAUAAAGAUUUAUUGUUAUAAUGGACAUAAAAUGAAAAAAAAUAUACGUAAAUAUUUAAUUUGA